AUGGUCCUCAUCAGAUUCACAUCCGCCAUCGCGGCCGCAUCAAUGCUGCUGUUGGCGGCUGCCGAUGAAACGCCAACCCCAAUCAAAAACCCCAUCACCACACCCACAGUCACGCUACCUGCGAGAGAAAUUGUCGAGAUUGGCUGCUUCCAGACAGGCGUGCCGCUUGAAAACCAUGGAGACUACAUUUAUCGGAGUCCUGGCAACUGUCAGCUAGUUUGUCUUGAACAGGGCAAGAACGUCAUGGGUCUCUCCGACGGAGAGAACUGCUGGUGUGGAGACAAGAAACCCCCAAAGAGCUCGCAAAUCGACAACAGCACAUGCGACACAACAUGCUCUGGAGACAAGACGGUUCGCUGCGGUGGGCCAAGCGUACUUUGGAUCGCCCUCACUGGCAACACCAGAAACAAGGUGGAUUUCUUCGAGCCUGUUUCUAGCUCUUCAUCGUCAUCGAUAAAACCGUCAUCGACUGCUGCUCCUCCUACAUCCACCGCCACACAUACUCCGUCCAGCACCCCCUCAGCAGUGCCCGAAAAAGAGAGCAAGCCAAAUACCGUUGCCAUCGCAGUGGGCGUCGUCGUUGGCAUAGUAGGGCUUUCCGCCAUCCUCUUUGGUGUCUGGUUCAUGUUGCGACGAAGACGCCAACGCCAGGCCGAGGAGGACUAUCGUCGCAACGCUGCCAAUGUCAACGGCUUUGUCAAUGGUGGCAAGCUGCACACCAGCAACUCGUCAAUGAACGACUCGCGCCUGGACCCGAGCUUCAUGGACAGAAGGCAGAGCAAUGGCAGCAUUGCAGACAACGAGGACUACUCGAGGCGGAUAUUGAAGGUUACCAACGCAUGA